GGUGAUUAAUAAGGAGCUGGGCAUUUUGGCUUGUCGCCUAAGUUGGGAAUCGUUUGUUUACUGUGAAAUAAAAACGAAAGAGAGGUUUUGAAGAAGAAGAAAGAACACUCAUAAGAUCCAGAGAAAGGUAAAAGAUGGCGAGAUACGAUCGAGCAAUCACUGUAUUUUCCCCAGACGGCCACCUAUUUCAGGUGGAGUAUGCCCUAGAAGCCGUCCGAAAGGGUAACGCCGCCGUCGGAGUCCGCGGCAUCGAUACUGUCGUCCUCGCCGUCGAGAAGAAAUCCACCCCUAAGCUCCAGGAUUCUAGAUCAGCAAGAAAGAUAGUGAGUCUUGAUAAUCACAUUGCGUUGGCCUGUGCUGGACUAAAGGCAGAUGCUCGCGUCCUGAUAAACAAGGCGAGGAUAGAGUGUCAAAGCCACAGGCUUACGUUGGAGGACCCAGUGACUGUUGAGUACAUCACGCGCUACAUUGCAGGGCUCCAACAGAAGUAUACUCAAAGUGGUGGUGUGAGACCUUUUGGUCUUUCCACUCUUAUUGUUGGGUUUGAUCCCUACACUAAUAUACCCGCGCUUUAUCAGACCGAUCCAUCUGGUACUUUCUCUGCUUGGAAGGCUAAUGCAACUGGGAGAAACUCUAACUCAAUUAGGGAGUUUCUGGAGAAAAACUACAAAGAAUGCUCUGGCCAGGAAACUGUUAAGCUUGCUAUCCGUGCUCUGCUUGAGGUAGUUGAGAGCGGGGGAAAGAACAUUGAGGUUGCUGUAAUGACACGAGAGGAAGGUGUUCUGAAGCAACUAGAAGAAGAAGAAAUUGAUGCUAUUGUGGCUGAGAUCGAAGCAGAGAAGGCUGCAGCUGAAGCGGCCAAGAAAGGCCCUGCGAAGGAAACAUGAACCAGAUCUUACAAUAGCGGUCUCAGAUUCUGAGUUGUAAUACUGGUUCAAACGUCAGGAUAUUCAAGGGUUGAAUAGAAAAUCAAGACCGCAUGAAAUGGUUUUGUUGGAUUACUAGCCUAUUCGACAAUGUUGCUUUAAAUCUUAAUUAACAUUUUAGCAGAGU